GCUUGUUCGUGGAGGAGAGUUUGCUGUGGAACCCGCCGCCAGUUAGCCAUGUCGUCCUCCGUGCUGAGGGCUGCGGCCGAUAGGGCUAUUCGCAGGCAUGCCCUCACGCUGACGGACGCCGCGGCGUCCAGGAUCCGGCAGCUCCUCAGCCUCAGGCAGCGUCCAUUCCUGCGUCUCGGCGUCAAAGCGCGAGGUUUCAACGGCCUCUCGUACACGCUCAACUAUGCCGGUAUACUUACCGCUUCCUUAUCGCACGGAUCAACUUCCUGCACCAAUUUUCCAUUGUUUCACAUUAACAACAUCCGAUUUCAUCCACAACAGAAAGAGACGGAGAUGGAUUAA